AUGACAGGGUUCCAGCUAUCUCCACAACCAUAUGAUAAUGAUGAGUUGCCGACUAAUAAAGAAGAGAUUAAGGAAGUUGGUGAAUUUAUGUCUCGUGAUGUUUUAAAAAACUGGAAAAAGGGUAAAUGCUAUAAAUUUAAGACAAAUAAACUGAUUAAAGAUAAAAAAGAUAUUAGUGUGCAAACUUACAAUAAACACAUUGACUCAGAUUUUUGGAUGUCGAGAGUUUCUCAUCAUAAAAUUGAUAAAGAUACCUAUUAUAAAAUCGUAUAUUAUUUAAAUGGUAGUAAAAAGGAUCCAAAAACAGGUAAAUGGGUUAUGAAAGAUAGGGCUUUCAGAUCGAAAAUGGAAAAGGAAUACAUUGAAGUAUUGAAUAAAUUUGAAAUUUUAGAACAAACUGACUCAGGUUGGGUUUUAGUAAACUUGGAAUAUGAAUUGGGAAAACCAUUGGCAACAAGAGAAUUCAAUGAAUGGGUUUAUCCGAUUGAACCAUAUAAAUCUAAAAGUUCAAAAUUAGAAACCUCAAUGAUCGUGUGUUUAGUUGCAAAUAGACCUUUGAAAGAAAGUACUAUUCAUGAAAAUCACACAAAGGCGUACUAUGCUUCUGUAGAGAAAUUAGAAUACGAUUAUGAAAAAGAAGAAUUGAUUUGGACAAUGUGUACUACAAGUGAUGCAGGUGGUAAUGUACCAAAAUUUUUACAAAAUGCAACUAUUGCGAAAACUGUUGCUAAAGAUAUACCAUAUUUAUUCGAUUAUAUUUUAAAAAAAUCUGAAAAAUAA